CAGUUUAUAAAAGCAUGUCCUCUGCUCCUGAGAGAUUCAGUCGUUCUGUAGAGCUUCUGUUUAGUAAGGUUUGUUCACUGAGCAUCAACAUGUGGCCGAGAUCCUCCCGUCUGAUGAGCGUCAUCUUCUGAACACCUGAGCUCUCUGAACGAGCAGAUGACGUCGUCCACACCCCCUUCUUCUCACAGCCCCGCCCCUCAGAAGGUAUGCCACUCCCAGACGCAGACAGACAUCCUAAAGCCUCUGCUCGGGGGGGCGGGGCACGGGAGUCAGAUGGCACGCCGGAGGCGGGUGCUAACCAAGGAUGGGCGGAGCAACGUCCGCAUCGAGCACGUGAGUGGGCGUGGCGCUCUGUACCUGCGCGACCCCUGGACGACCUUUGUGGACAUGCAGUGGAGGUACAAACUGGUUUUGUUUAGCGCCACGUUUGUGGGAACCUGGUUCACCUUCGGACUGCUGUGGUACCUGCUGGCUCUGGUGCACGGAGACCUGCUCGAGUUUGAUCCUCCAGCAAACCACAGCGUGUGUGUGAUGCAGAUGCAGACACUGACCGCAGCCUUUCUCUUCUCGCUGGAGACCCAGACCACCAUCGGAUACGGAUACCGCUGCAUCACGGAGGAAUGUCCGUCUGCCAUCGUCCUGCUCAUCAUCCAGCUCCUCAUCACCACCGCCAUGGAGAUCUUCAUCACCGGAACCUUCCUCGCCAAGGUGGCUCGGCCGAAGAAGCGCGGAGAGACGAUUCGGUUCAGUCAGCAUGCAGUGAUUGCUAAUCACGACGGCCGGCCGUGUCUCAUGAUCCGGGUCGCUAACAUGCGCAAGAGUCUGCUGCUGGGCUGCCAGGUGACCGGGAAGCUUUUGCAGCCGUGCGUGCCGAAGGAGGGCGAGACGGUGCGUCUGGAUCAGAAGAACGUGAGCUUCAGCGUGGACACGGCCAGCGAGAGCCCCUUCCUCAUCCUCCCGCUCACCUUCUACCACACCAUCGACGAGCAGAGCCCGCUGCGGCCCUGGACCGACAAGGGCGGAUGGUCGGACCCGGAUCCGGCUGAUUUCGAGCUGCUGGUGAUGAUGAGCUCGACGGUGGAGCCCACCUCAGCCACGUGUCAGGUGCGCACCUCCUACCUGCCCGACGAGAUCCUGUGGGGCUACGAGUUCCCCCCGAUCGUGUCUCUCUCUCCGAUGGGCAAGUACGUGGCGGACCUGGCUUACUUCGACAAGGUGGUGAAAACCAAGACCCCGCCCCUUUUCGACCAGACCACGCCCGGCGGCACCGACGGUUGCCACGGAGACGUGAGCGGCUCGGACCCGGAGAAGAUGCGGCUGGAGCAGAGCUACCGAGAGGAUGAGAGGCAGACGGACGGCGGGCCCGUUAGCGUCCGCAUCAGUAACGUCUGAACGGCACCAGCCAGUGACAGCCUUCGAGCAAACGAUUGAUUUCAGGCGGCUUUUAAGGGCUCGCAUUAUUUGAAAGACUGCGUGGAAUGUUUACAUGCACAAAACACAUGAGAGCGCGAGGACGAAGGUUGCCAUUGACGUACUUAAAAAGUAUGCACUUAAUAGCAUCAGUUAAAAGAAAAAAUCCUAUGAGAAAUCCAACACUGAAAUCAAUCCAGCUGCACGAAUAUGUGCAUGUAUGAUAUCAAUAGUCAAAUACAUGCCUACAGACGCUUUUUGGAUUUUAAAAUGCAUUUAAUUCGUUUAUGCUAUGCGCUUUGUAAAAGCCCGGGUUGUUUGAAAGGCUAUAUGGAAUAUUUGUGCGCGUAAAAACAAACGAAUGAAUGCGUAAAAAGCGCACGAUAUGCAGAGAAUAUUAACGCGUCAGUGUAUGCUGAACAGGAAAAUAUAUAUUUGCGUGCAGGUCUGCGGCACUACUUUAAAAAGCAUUUUAAUUUGUUUAUUUUGUGAGCUUUUAAGAGAUCAAAAGCAUAAAAAUUCAGCGGGAUUGUCAAACAUGUCCUUAUAAUCAAGAACAGUAAUAUGCAAAAAACGUACACAAAUACAAAAUGUAUGCUGAACAGGGAACUUCAUAUAUUAGCGUUGGCUUAUAGCACAAAUACUUUUAAAAUAAUGUGAUUUUUAUACUUUAAAACUCAUUUUAAUCGCUUUAUUUCAUCAGCUUAUAUUAUUUGAAAGACUAUGCAUAUUUGAACGCAUAAAAGCACAAAAAAGUCCUUAAAAUCAGGCACUGAAAUCAUUAAUAUCUCAUAAUAUCAGACCAAUAAUAUGAAAAAGAUUAUUAACACAGCAUGAGCUGAAUAGGAAGACUAUUUAUAUCUGCUAGCUUUUUAUUUAUUAAUAUUUAAACGUAUUUAUAAUCCCAAUGAGCUUAUAUCAUAGAAUACGGAACAUACAUAGUAAAAUGUAAAGUUUCCCGUUUUUCAUUCGUUGCACAAUAGCAUGCAUCUGAAGCUGAAAUCAAACUUCAAGAGCUUUGGAAAUGAACACAGAAACACAGGAAAGCAUUGAUGAAGCAGAACCUUCGCAUUAAAGAAGAAAAUCAAGCACUGAGUCUUUAAUACUGAAUGAAAACGGAUUAUUGAGUAAAAUCAUGCUCUUUUAUAUACUUCACAUAUAUAUAUAUAUUGUAUACUUUAAAUGCUUCUAUGAGCUCAUCUAAUAUGAAAGAUGGCAUUUUUGUAUUAAAACUAGCAAGCAGUGAUGUUAUACACAAACACACACAAGUCCUGAUGUUCAGUGAUCAUCUAAACAGCAGCACCGGGAUGAUCCCUAAUCCAGCGUUGAGUUUCUGUGCCUUUGAGAAGAAGCCUGUGAUUGUCUUCUGCUUUAGUGACUCUGCUGAACGUUACCGGGGUCAUUGUUUCCGUCCUAACGGUUCUGACAGCACUUACACGGAGAUUUCUCAGAAACCUUAGCCUUUGUGUCUAACUCCUGACGAGUGACUCUUAUCAUGCACGUCUGUUUCGUGUCGACCCUAACAACGUAGAGACUGUUUUGAUAAAUGCCAUCAAAUAACCACAGAGAAGCAUUGAAUUAAAUGUGAAAAAAGACCGA